AUGAUAUUUGAACGAAAUCUUCCGUCCCCUCCUUCUAUCUCUUUCUCCUUCUCCUUUCUAUCCUCACCAAUCCCUUUCCCCCAUGUCUUUCCUCUGUCUACUUCUUCGUUUAUCCUCCAUCUUAUUCCUUUCCCUCUUUUUCUUAUUUUUCCUGCUUGUCCUCCUCCUUUGUCCUGGUUCUUUUUUAUCAUCAUUUUUCUCAUACUCGCCAUUCUCCUCCUUGUUGUUGCUCUUUCUCUUCCUCUUUUUUUAUUCCCGUUCUCUUUUAAUCGCUACUUCUUGUUUCCUUUUUCCUCCCCAUACUUCAUCAUCAUCAUCAUCAUCUUUCUUUUUUUCUUCUACACCUUCUUCCUCUUUUUCUUCACCUCCACUUCCUCCUCCUCCUUGUUGCUUAUUAUUAUUUCCUUCACUUCCUUUUUACUUCUUCUUUUCUUUGUUACCCUUCACUUUCUCCGUUUUCCUCCUUGUUUAUUUUUCUCUUUUUUUCUCCUUUUACUUCUUUUUCGCCAUUCUCCGCCUCCUUUCACAUUAUCCUUAUUUUUCUCUAUUUUCAUCCUCCUUUUUCCUCUCAUUUUUCUUUCUUGUUAUUCUUAUUGGUUAAACUCUCUCCCUUUCUUUUUGCGUUUUCUUCUUCUUUCAAUUAAGAGUAUGUUUCUUACAGUACUUCAUGGCAAUCGAUGUAAGUGCGACUGGUCGAUAAUUGCUGGGGCCACGAAUAACAGCUUUUCCGGUAAGGGGGUCAUCAUGGCUGACUUUAGGCAGGAUGGUAUCGCAGAUUUCGACAAAGACAGGUUAAUUAUUUUCGUAAAGACCCCAGAGAGUUGGUUAGCACAUUCUUUCAGGAUACUUCCUUUCACCCCGUCAGGCCCAGCAGCUUUCUUCGAAUUCACUCCUCUGAAUACACUCAUAGCAUCAUGCUUAUGA